CCAACAGCUCUGAUGAGCUCCACCGUGGCUGCAGCUGCGCCUGCAGCUGGGGCUGCCUCCAGGAAGGAGUCUCCAGGCAGGUGGGGCCUGGGGGAGGAUCCAACAGGCGUGAGCCCCUCGCUCCAGUGCCGCGUGUGCGGAGACAGCAGCAGCGGGAAGCACUACGGCAUCUAUGCCUGCAACGGCUGCAGUGGCUUCUUCAAGAGGAGCGUGCGGCGGAGGCUCAUCUACAGGUGCCAGGUGGGGGCAGGGAUGUGCCCUGUGGACAAGGCGCAUCGCAACCAGUGCCAGGCCUGCCGGCUGAAGAAGUGCCUGCAGGCGGGCAUGAACCAGGACGCCGUGCAGAACGAGCGCCAGCCCCGAAGCACAGCCCAGGUCCGCCUGGACAGCAUGGAGUCCAGCACUGAGCCCCGGCCGGAGCCCCUGGUGGCUCCCCCGACCCCGGCAGGGCCCAGCCCACGGGGCCCCACGCCCAUGUCUGCAGCCAGAGCCCUGGGCCACCACUUCAUGGCCAGCCUUAUAACAGCUGAAACCUGUGCUAAGCUGGAGCCAGAGGACGCUGAUGAGAAUAUUGAUGUCACCAGCAAUGACCCCGAGUUCCCCUCCUCUCCAUACUCCUCUUCCUCCCCCUGCGGCCUGGACAGCAUCCAUGAAACCUCAGCUCGCCUGCUCUUCAUGGCCGUCAAGUGGGCCAAGAACCUACCUGUGUUCUCCAGCCUGCCCUUCCGGGAUCAGGUGAUCCUGCUGGAAGAGGCGUGGAGUGAACUUUUCCUCCUCGGGGCCAUCCAGUGGUCUCUGCCUCUGGACAGCUGUCCUCUGCUGGCACCGCCUGAGGCCUCUGCUGCCGGUGGUGCCCAGGGUCGGCUCACACUGGCCAGCGUGGAGACGCGUGUCCUGCGGGAAACUAUCUCUCGGUUCCGGGCGUUGGCGGUGGACCCCACGGAGUUCGCCUGCAUGAAGGCCCUGGUCCUCUUCAAGCCAGAGACGCGGGGACUGAAGGAUCCUGAGCACGUAGAGGCCUUGCAGGACCAGUCCCAAGUGAUGCUGAGCCAGCACAGCAAGGCCCACCACCCCAGCCAGCCCGUGAGGUUUGGGAAAUUGCUCCUGCUCCUCCCGUCUUUGAGGUUUAUCACUGCGGAACGCAUCGAGCUCCUCUUUUUCCGCAAGACCAUAGGGAAUACUCCAAUGGAGAAGCUCCUUUGUGAUAUGUUCAAAAACUAGUGGGGGUGGCCAAGCACUCUGGAGAACUAUCUACUGAAAUGAAACAUUUGCCUACUCUUUGCCCCAGAAAUUCCUCGUAGGUGUGUCUACCCAGCAGAGAUGCCCACUGAAAGAUAUUGUAAGAAUAUUCAUAGCAGCUUUAUUCAUAAUAGCCCCAAAUUGUACAUUGAUGGUAGGAUGAAUUAACAAAUUGUGGUAUAUUCAUAUAAUGAAAAAUAACUUAAAAAGAAUGAAUUAUGGAUACAUGUGGCAACAUGGGUAAACUUCACAGACAUAAAAGUUGAAUGAAAGAAACCAGGCAGAAGUUCCAUUUACGCAGAGUUCAGGAAUAGGCAAGACUAAUUGACAGUAAUAGAAGUUGGAAUAGUGGUUACUUCUGGGUGGCAGGGGAUUGAUUCAGAGAGGGCCCAUGGGAGCCCUCCGGUAUACUAGAAAUGUUGAUUUUGAUCUGGGCAGUUGUUUCACAAAUGUAUUCAUAGGUAAAAAUCCAUUGAGCUGUGCACUUUACUGUAUUUUGUUAGACCUCAAUAAAAAAGUUAAAAAAAAAAAUAAAACAGAAAAAUGAGUGUUGUCAAGGCUCUCCCUUUGAGGACACUGAAGGAAUGAGUGCAAGGUCUUUGAGUUCCCUCUGGGUUCCACUCCAAGUCAGAGACCAGGUGCAAUGAAUUCAAGCCCAGUGGAUCUCCCAUAGAAUUCAACCACCCAGCUUCUCUCCAGAUGGCGUCCCAUCACCCGCAGCAUGUCUCAACCUUUAUCUCCUAUCUCCCUCAUCUCCUUCCUAAGUAAAGGUCAACACCCUGCAACUCAACAUAAGGCAGCUACAGGUACUUUUUGUGAAUGGGACUCUUCAUCACUUCUUAGGUCCUUAUGGAAAGAUACAGCUCAGACAACCCUCAUCAUUUUCUUUUUCUCUUUUUUUUUUUUCUUUUUUUUUUGAGACGGAGUUUCGCUCUUGUUGCACAGG